AGGUGUAAACCUGACAUGCCGGAGACUGGUGUUACCUUUGCUGAUGUCGCCGAAGCUGACCAGGCAAAAUUGGAACUACAAGAGGUUGUCGAUUUCUUGAAGAACCCAGUCAAGUACACAGCUUUAGGAGCUAAAAUCCCCAAAGGGUGUCUAUUAGUUGGCCCGCCUUGUACUGGAAAGACUCUAUUGGCCAGAGCUGUAGCCGGAGAAGCCGGGGUGCCCUUUUUCUCAUCCGCUGCUUCGGAGUUUGUCGAGUUGUUCGUCGGUGUUGGUGCGUCGAGAGUAAGGGAUUUAUUCGAUAAGGCGAAAUCCAAGGCGCCUUGCAUUGUGUUCAUUGAUGAGAUUGAUGCUGUUAGGAGGCAAAGAGGAGCUGGUCUCGAUACGGUGUCAUUGUUUUCGACAGAGAUGGAUGGGUUUUAUGGCAAUUCCGGUGUCAUUGUUUUGGCAGCAACUAACAGACCGGAUGUUCUCGAUGCGGCUUUGUUGACUCCUGGUAGGUUUGAUCGACAGGUUACAGUCGAUAGGCCUGAAGUCGCCGGUAGAGUGAAGAUUCUCCAGGUGCACUCUAGAGGAAAGGCACUUGCAAAGGAUGUUGACUUUGGAAAGAUCGCAAGGAGGACCCUAGGUUUCACUGGAGCCGAUUUGCAGAACCUGAUGAAUGAAGCUGCCAUUCUUGCGGCCAGGCGUGAGCUGAAGGAAAUAAACAAAGAUGAAAUAUCUGAUGCUCUGGAGAGGAUCAUUGCUGGACCUGAGAUGAAAAAUGCUGUUGUCUCUGAUGAGAAGGAGAAAUUGGUUGCUUACCACGAGGCCGGCCGUGCUUUAGUUGGUGCACUUAUGCCGGAGUAUGAUCCCGUGGCCAAGAUUUCUAUCAUUCCCCGUGGUCAAGCUGGUGUACUUACCCUUUUUGCUCCAAGUGAAGAGAGGCUUGAAUCUGGUCUCUACAGCCGAAGCUACCUAGAGAACCAGAUGGCUGUCACGCAUGGUGGAAGGAUUGCCGAAGAAGUAAUUUUUGGCAAGGAAAAUGUGACAACGGGAGCAUCAAAUGACUUUAUGCGAGUCUCAUGGGUGGCUAGGCAGAUGGUUGAAAGAUUUGGAUUCAGCAAAAAGAUUGGACAAGUUGCCAUUGGGGGAGGUGGUGGCAAUCCUUUCUUAGGUCCACAGAUGUCGUUGCAAAAAGAUUACUCCAUGGAAACCGCGGAUGUGGUGGAUGCAGAGGUAAGGGAUCUCGUAGAGACUGCAUACAGUAGGGCAAAGCAGAUAAUCACAACCCACAUCGACAUUCUCCACAAGCUUGCACAACUUCUGAUAGAGAAAGGAACUGUUGAUGGAGAAGAGUUCAUGAGCCUCUUCAUUGAUGGAAAAGCUGAGCUUUAUGUUUCAUAGAUUUUAUUUUUAUGCAGAUUUGUCUCCAUUGAACCCUUGUACGACUGACUAUCAAGUUUUCAGAUUGAUCUGUGUAUGCUUUUCAUAUGAUGAAAUGAAACAAAAUUUACUCUUUUUUUUUUCCUGUAA